AUGCCAACCAACAUGAACACCAUCAUCUCCUCUCGUUUUGUCCUCCUUUCACUCCUUCCAAUUUGCUUCACAUGCCUUGCUUUUGGAGCCACCACACUGUCGCAGUAUGAAGUGUCAGUGAUGAAAAGUGUAGCAAAAACACUGGGAAAGGACUGGGACUUCGAUGUACAUCCAUGCAACCAGACCCAGUCAGGAGACAAUACCAUUUAUUGCAAUUGCCAAGUACCCAAUGACAGCUUCUGCCAUGUUGAGAAAAUUUCACUUCUUGGAAACAGACUAACUGGUCCAAUCCCAAAAGAGCUGGGAAACCUCAUCACUCUUACACGCUUGAUCCUUGAGUUCAAUAGCUUAUCUGGAAAUCUUCCUUCAGAACUUGGAAAUCUUGUCCUCAUUAAUCAACUGUAUCUAAGUUCCAAUAACUUCACUGGUCAAUUGCCAGAAAAGCUUUCCAGUCUUACUGCAAUGAAGGAUUUAGACCUAAGCUAUAACAAAUUAAAUGGACCAGUGCCAGGAAACCUUCAAGAAUUAAUAGCAGCAACGUACACGAACUUGUUUGCAAGCUUUUCAAGGAAUAAAGGACCAGUUUCUUGUGACAGUAGCAAUAGAAACUGUACCAAAAAAGUUAAAUCUCUGCAUAUAAAUUGUGGUGGAAAUCAGACUACUAUUGGAGGUAUAACAUAUGAUGAAGAUAUAUAUCCAGCUGGACCUGCAGUAUAUCAACUAAGUAGAAACAAUUGGGCAUUGAGCAACACGGGUCACUUCCUGGACAAUAAUACUAUUCCUUCAGGACACUAUACCACAGAAAAUGAAACUAGGCUUUACAUGACUGAUGCUGAAUUAUAUAAGAAAGCACGUAUUUCCCCUAUGUCUUUGACUUAUUAUGGAUUUUGCUUAGAAAAUGGAGUCUACACAGUAAAACUUCACUUUGCUGAGAUAAUGUUCACGGAUGAUCACACAUACAGCGACUUAGGGAGGCGUGUAUUUGAUGUAUACAUUCAGGGGGAGCGAGUGUUGAAAGAUUUUAACAUUGCAGUUGAAGCACAAGGUGUUGGAAAGGAACUCAUAAAACAAUUUCGUGCUAAUGUGAGUGGUAAUGACCUAGAGAUCCGCUUCUACUGGGCUGGAAAAGGGACAACAAAUAUACCAUAUAAAUCAGUAAAUGGUCCUCUUGUAUCUGCCAUUUCUGUCUACUAUGAUGGGUUUUCAUUUAGCAUACUUUGGUGGAGGGGUUUCAUUAGUGGUUGUUGUCUUGUUGAUUCUUGUUGGCAUACUUUGGUAGAGGGGUUAUGGUCAAACUCAAACUACCUGGCUCACUUUGGUGUUGCAACAAAUAACUUUGAUAUUUCCAAUAAGAUUGGAGAAGGAGGCUUCGGUCCUGUAUAUAAGGGCAUUCUGCCAAACAGCAAACCAAUAGCAGUUAAACAACUUUCAUCUACAUCAGAGCAAGGAAGCCGUGAGUUUGUAAAUGAGAUAGGAAUGAUCUCUGCUCUGCAGCACCCUAAUCUGGUUAAACUAUAUGGUUGUUGUGUUGAGGGUGAUCAACUGUUGUUAGUAUAUGAAUAUAUGGAAAACAAUAGCCUUGCACGUGCUUUAUUUGAAGACUCAGAACAUAGUCAUUUAAAAUUGAAUUGGCCAACCAGACAAAAUAUUUGUGUUGGCAUUGCUAGAGGGUUAGCUUUCCUGCAUGAAGAAUCAAGAUUGAAAGUUGUUCAUAGAGACUUAAAGAGCUCUAACGUGUUGCUUGAUGAAGACCUGAACCCAAAAAUAUCCGAUUUUGGUUUGGCCAGACUUCGUGAGGGGGACAAUACACACAUAAGCACCAGAAUUGCAGGGACUUGGGGAUAUAUGGCUCCUGAGUAUGCAAUGCAUGGUUAUCUAACUGAAAAAGCAGAUGUUUAUAGUUUUGGAGUAGUUACCUUGGAAAUUGUAAGUGGAAAGAGAAACACUAUUUGGCAGUCAAGGGGGGAAGAUUUCUAUCUUCUGGAUUGGGCAGGUUUGUUGAAAGAAAGAGGUGGCAUAAUGGAGCUAGUUGAUCGAAAGUUGGGUCAAGAUUUCAAUGAAGAUGAGGUAAUGUUGAUUGUCAAAGUGGCUCUCCUUUGCACCAAUGUCACUUCAAGCCUUAGGCCUUCUAUGUCUUCAGUAGUAAGCAUGCUUGAGGGCAGAACAAUGGUCCCAGAGUCUGUUUCACAUUCUAGUGAAGUUAUGGAUGAGAUGAGGUUAGAGGUAAUGAGAGAGUUUUACAGCCAAAUUGAUGAAAAUACAGCAAGUGAGACACGAAGGUUGAGCUUAACAAUAGGUGUUCCAUGGACUGGUUCAUCUUCAUCAGCUACAGAACUUAAUUUCACUCACCUUGAUGCUUCCUCUUGA